AAGAAAUGUUGAUUUUUGUUGUUGUUUUGCGUUUAUAUUUUGUAUUACAUGUAGCUUAGAUAACAAACCUCAUCUCUCAUCCAAGCACAUUAGUAUCUCAACUCUUUUAGCUACGUUUUCGUAGCUACAUGUAGCUGUGUGUUAUUUAUCACACAUUUGCUACGACCUCUAAUUAGUCUAAUCUACAAUCCAACUAGAAAUUGAAGAAAGGAAAGAUCUGCACAAAACACGUAACUGAAAAAGUUCGGGUUAUACCUUAGAAAAGGUGGCACAAGUGUCUUGUGAUGUUCUGGGGAUGUAAUAAUUAACAUGAACAUCUUCAUGUUUUUAUCAUGUCCCUGGAAACUGUUUUAAAAAAUGUCUACACAUUUGCCCAGAUAGUCAGCCAGGCAUCAAGUAAUUCAGUCAGUCAGUGGGAUGAAAAAUCAUUCAAAAAUGCGUUUAACUGGGCAGCUUAUUGUGAACAGGUUUAUGAACAUGUUGAAGAUAAACCAUUUAAAGUGAAUUUUGACGAACAGAUACAGGAAAUUACAUCGUUAUUAUCACCGCCAUCUUGUGUGUGUUUAAAUCUAGAAAGUUUAAAAACAGCAUCAGACAUUUUACAAGAGAGACUGUUACUGAAUCCUUAUUUAAAGUUAGAAAUAUUUGAUAGACUUGUUAUUGGUAAUGGUGGUACAAGUUUCACAUCAGAUCAUAUCUCACAGAAGAUCCAUGGUUUGGUAUCUUUAAUCAGUUCAGCUAAAUUAUCGCGUAAUUUACUAGAAGAGAUAGAAGAAGAUAAAACGUGCAUACAUCCACAUCAAAUACCAGCACAAUCCAAGAUCUUAUUUCAACAUUUUAUAGAACAGUUUACAACUAUCCCCAAAAUAGACAGAUUUUGUAGUUACAUUAAAUCUGUGUUAAAUAGAAUAGCUGAUAUAUCAGGUGGUAUGGUUAUAAUAUUAUGUCUUGUAGCAGUAUACCAAGAGAAUAAAAGUGAUUGUGAAGAUGGCUGUGAUAAAAUAAAUCAGACUGUAUUAUCGUGGAUAGAAACAAUCGCAAAUAUUAAACCUCAGAAGAUUUUAUCCAUAGAGAAAGGAAUAUUAUGUGAAAUAUCCGCUGGUAGUAGCGAGUUUUUAAAUUUAUAUAUGCAGAUACUAGUAGAAUGGGCGAAGCUGAUGAAACCACGAUCUGGUGGACUACUUUCUACUAAAUCAUAUCGCUGGAGUGCUGUGAAAGAAUGUAAACUUGGCAGCUAUGAGAAUCUUCUAGAACAUUUUUCAUUCCUUUCAUCAUCGCAACGUUAUUUUGAAAACAUGGUUUCCGAUGGUUUGAACAAAUUAAAAGGUUCGGACAUGUUCAGUAUAUGGUCAGAUAUUCUAGAAGAAAUAAAAAAAAAAUAUAUGAUAGGCCUAAAAAACAUAACAGGCCUAAAAUAUAAACCACUCUAAUUUUGGCCUUAUCUUAUUUCAAAUUCCAACUGCGAAGGGUUCUUUUUGCCCCAUCCGAACGACUAUACAUUGUCACUUGAAUGACUCAUCGUCUUUAACCUAUAGAUCUAUAUAUAAUAUAGUGGUACUUAUUGUGAAUAAUAAGUAGAUAUUUUAUGAUAUAAUUCUGUUAAAUUUGUUAAUGAAUUUGUUAAAUUUUUGGUUAUUUUUAUAUAGAUAUAAUAUUGUUUUUCUUAAAAUAAAAUAAAAUAUUUAA